CCGAUAAAUAGUUACGCCGUCUCUCUCAACAUCUUGAUACCGGGGUUCAUCCUUCACCACACUGAGUACUUGCUACGAUGGUACGGUCAUCUCCUGCUAAUUCUUGAGCCCUGCAGAAUGUCGCUCACUUCGCAAUCCUGAAUUUACACUUGGGGAAGGAAGAAAAAUCCUAUCUUGCAUUUGCAGACGGCAGACCUGCCCUCAAUGGCACAGAAGACUUUUCGGAUCACAGGCUGCAGCGAGGGUAGCGCCGGCGCAGCUUUGGCGACAGAUUUAUAUGACCGUGGCCAUCGAGUCUUCGCAACAACUCGAAGCGAGAUCUCGUUACUGGACUUUGUUGGCAAACCGGGGGUUGCGACGACCAAGCUGGAUGUCACGUCACCUUUUUUCCAUUGAAGACGCAGAUACAGUCGUGGAGAAAGCUACUGGCGGAAGUCUAGACAAACUCAUCAACAACGCCGCCAUGUUCAGCCUCAUGCCGCUCGCAGACGCACAACUAGAUGAUGCCAGCAAGUCUUCGAGACCAACGUCUUUGGCGUGUUGCCGUGACGCAGUUCAUCCUGCCUCUACUCCUGUACGCCGGGUGAGGAAAGGGGCUGCUUCCCAACGCUAGCAGCAUUCAGGCGGAGCUGUGCCCGCCUUGGCAGGGAAUAUAUGCAGAUAGGGAGGCGACGCGCACGGCGAUGAGACAUUAGAUGAGGCUUGAGGUUGCGCCGUUGGGGGUGCGUGUGGUGACGAUCAUGUUUGGUGGAAUGAAAACCCCACUAAAGAGACAGUUGAUAACUGUGCCGGAGGGAGUAUGCAUCAAAUUCUGGCGCAGUCCAUCGAGACGAACGACACUUACAAGGGGUAUUCGCCGAUGAGCCCGGCGGACUAUGCGAGGUCAGUCGCUGAUGAAUUGCUUCGUCCCGGUUCUCGGGCCAUUUUGUGGAAAAGGGGCUUUCACUUUUGUGACUUCGAUAUUAACAUGGU